ACAUAAAAGAACUGACGCCUCCUCCUCCCUUUUCCCUUUGCAUGGAAAGUUUGAGAGAAAUCCGGUUACAAGUCAACAAGGUUCACAUAGACAACAGCCAGCUGCCUCAGUCAUCAGCAGAUCUCCAGGAGCAGGAUCCCCUUGAGAUCACGCAGCAUCAGCAGCCAUGGAAACACGACAUCCAGGCUUCAACUGCCUGGGGAUCUGCAGCGCAGUGAUCUCAGCACCCUCUCGCUGCUGUUAACAGUCAAACACCCGGUUUGGAUUUGCUGGAAUGCUGACGAUGUGAACGCUUAACCUGGGAACACGUUUUACAACCCAGGUACAGGGUCAGCGGGGGUCACAAACAGAAGAGCCCGGACCUCCGAGCCAGAGGGAAAAUGGGCAACAUGGCAACGGAGAUCGUCGCCUUCCUCCUGACCAUCUCUGGGUGGAUCCUGGUGUCGUCCACCUUGCCGACAGACUACUGGAAGGUGUCCUCCGUGGAUGGGACGGUUAUUACCACAGCCACCUUCUGGUCCAACCUCUGGAAAACCUGCGUCACUGAUUCCACUGGCGUGUCGAACUGCAAAGACUUUCCUUCAAUGCUGGCUCUGGAUGCCUAUAUCCAGGUGUGUCGGGGCCUGAUGAUCGCCGCCGUGUGUCUCGGUUUCUUUGGGGCCGUCCUCGCUCUAGUGGGAAUGAAGUGCACGAAAAUCGGGGGCUCAGAGACGACCAAAGCUCGUCUGACCGUCCUAUCGGGCUUCCACUUCAUCCUCAGCGGCCUGUGCUCCAUGACUGCAUGCUCCAUUUACGCUCACAGGAUCACGAGUGACUUCUUUGAUCCCUUCUUUGUCGCCCAGAAGUUCGAGCUCGGGGCAGCUCUCUUCAUCGGCUGGGCAGGAUCCGUGCUGUGCAUCCUGGGAGGACUUGUUUUCUGCCUCUCGCUGUCUGAAGGAUUCAAUAUGAGAGCUGAAUAUUCGUACAGCGGAGCGGCUUCAUUGGUCACAGCGCGCAACAAGUGCAGCAGAACGCCCGGCGGCCUCCACAAGGAAACGGUGGAGCCUUCCAGGCAGUUUGGAAGAAACGCCUACGUGUGAAAAUGGACUUUAUUCAGUUACAUUGAUGGUUGUGGUAUUUAUCUCAAUAUUCUGUGGUCACAAGAAACCCGACAGUGAAAGCACAGACGCUCACUUUAGAAACUCUGGGAAAAUCCUUCCUGGAAAUGUAUAAAUCAUGCGACAGCUUUUUUUUGUUUUGGUGCGGAAAAUUUGAUUUGGCACCAAAACCCUGAGGUCACCUUCAACGAGCCGGCGUCCCUCAUUCAAUCUGUUUUUAAUAAUUCUUUAGUCAGGGAUGGAUUUUAAUAGAUUUUAAUAGAUUUUAAUAGAUUUAAUAGAUUUUUAAUAGAAUGAAUAGAUUUUAAAUGAUUUAUAGAUUUGAAAGCAUUAAUUUCAUUAUAAUUAGAGGAGAAGAACUUCUAUAAACAUAAUUUAUAGCUGCCAGGACUUUUCCAAUGUUUUUAUUAUUAGACACAUGUUUUUAUAAACUACAAAACUGUGCAAAUGUCUUCUUAUGAAGUAAUUAAAAGAUUUGUAACUUUGUAGAACUUGAUGAGCUGUGACUGCAGUUUAUCGUCUCUGAUUGAGGGAGCGUUAAUGUGUCUCAGGAUCUGAGGGUCACUACAUCACGUCUGACCUGAGCAGGAGCCGGAGGCCGGAGGUUUCCCUCAUAUCAGCCAUCCAUCUCCACCUGGGAAUUAUCAUCACCAGGAUCCCCAGGCUAUGUUACACAAAACCUCCACAGGCUGGAGCCUGGAGCUGGCAGGGAGUCGCCCUGCGCUGCAUCCGUAAAUAAGUGUCAGGUAUCCAGCUCCUGAUAUAAAGGUAGUAUUGUGUUAUCAGAGAUCAUUCAGAAACACACGUGAUGCAACGCUCUCGAUAUUUUCACACAAGUUUAAUGUAAAUCCAGGUUACAACUAAAAAUAAAAGUGUAAUUAUAAAUUGUGCGACAGAAUGUUUACAUUUCAGACUGUUCUUUUCUCUAGUGAAAGUCUGUGUACUUUUACUUUGGUAUCAUCUGGGAACCAUGAACAUUUUUCAACAAUUUGGUACCGAUUACUUUAAUUGAUUAAAAUAUUUCAUUGUGAAGAAUUUGACCUUCUAGUGGCCUGAGAGGGGAAAGUCAUCACAGGGUGUUUCCUCGGUGAACUCUACUGAAGAACAGAAGGAAUGAUACUGCACACGAAUACCUGAAAU